AUGCUUAAAGAAGAGUGUGGUUUCCCAGAUACUAUUGACUUUAGUGACAGAUAUAAAGAAGCUAUUCGAAAGUUCAAGGAUGGAAAUACUGACCCGGACCUAUUUAGCUUUAUGGCUCAGCACCAAAACGGAUAUAAUCUCAAACCUGGAAAAUACAAGCUCGCUAAGGGAUAUGAUUUAAUAGCAUAUCAUCCAAAUGACAUGGAUGAAUUUACUCCGAGAUAUUUGAUGUCAGAGCUAAAUGACAAUUCAACUUUCGUCAUGAAACGCGUAAAAAAUAGAGACGGAACGAAAGAACAAAAGCUUAUGAAUGCGGAUGACGUAGAUAGGGAAAUUGUUGAAAACGGUCUCGGAAUAUAUGAAAUGCCAGCAGAUGAGGUACAAGAAACUCCACAGGAAGAACUAGUUCAGAUACAACCAGACAUGGAAGAAAUAGUUCAGCAACAACAGCUAGAAGAGCCUGAAGGAAACGAACAAGUCACUCCUUUGGAAACUAACUUCACAGAACUAGAUGAAGAUUUGGAACAGCCGAAAAAUCUUGACCCUCAACAAGAGUAUGCGGAGAAUAUGGAAUAUUUCCAAGAGUCUAAAAAAAAUUCGGCUGACAUAGUAGAAGAAUAUCGAAAAAUGUUUGCCGACAUACAAAAGACUCCAACACCAGAUGAAAAUAUUCAGCAUAGAAUGGAAGUACUGAAAGAAAAUGUACACAAAUACAACAACCCUUUUUACUUACGAGCAUUUAAC